AUGGAUUUCACUGACCCCACAACGUUGGGUGUUCUGGUAGCAGCAGUAGUAGGACUGAUUACCAUCUUGCUGAUUGUGCUAAAAAGUCUCCGAUCGUCCAACAAAAACCGAGUUUUGUUCGUUGGUCUCAUGGAUUCUGGAAAAACAACGAUUUUCACUCAGUUGUCCCAAAAAGAAGCUGAAUAUCCAACCACUACUAGGACCUUCACAUCAAUGGUUGAAAACAAAAUCACUCUAAGAAUCAAAGAUAAGGAAAGAGAGAUUAUCGACUAUCCAGGAAACGAUAGAUUGCGACAAAAGCUCAUCGACUUGAUUCAUAGCCGUUCACUUCUUCGCAUUGUAUUUGUCGUUGAUUCAGCUGCUUUCUCAAAGAACGCUCGUGAUGUUGCCGAGCUUUUCUACCUCGUUGCUCUCGAGAAUACAGACAAGGUACCAAUUCUUAUUGCUUGCCACAAGCAAGACCUCUCACUCGCCAAAACUGAAAAGGUUAUUCGUAAUAGUCUGGAAAAAGAAAUCGGAUUCAUCAAUAAGUCGCGUGCCGCUGCACUGAUUGGAACCGAUGGAUCAGAUGAAAAGAGAGCCACUUUGACCGAUACAGGGGUUGAUUUCAGCUGGGAAGAUCUCAAAAAGCAAGAAGUUUCCUUCGUAACCACAUCGUCUUACAGUGCUGAUUUCGGAGUUCAUGAGAUUGCAUCUUUUGUCAGAGCUUGA